AUGGGACUUUCAGAGAAACUUGAAGUUGCGGUGAGAGAUAUAGAGAAUCAAUUCUACUUAGAUGAUGAUUUCUUGAUCAAAGCUUCUGAUUUUUUUGAAAAAUCAAUGAAACAGGGCCUUGCAGCUUCCAAACCAAGCAAAGAAUGCAUGCCAAUGAUACCAACAUAUGUUACAAGCUUGCCCACAGGUAAGGAGAAAGGCUUAUAUUUAGCUGCUGAUUUGGGCGGUACCAAUUUCCGUGUUUGCUCAGUUGAUUUGAAAGGUGACCAUACAUUUGAUCUUAAACAAAGCAAAUACAAAAUACCUAGUGAAUUGAUGCAUGGUAAGAAAGCUGACGAGUUGUUCCACUAUUUAGCUACAAAGAUCAAUGAUUUCUUAUGUGAACAUCAUCAAGAAACUACCCAAAAGAAUGGCAAGACCUUAAAAUUGGGUUUUACCUUUUCCUUCCCUGUAGAACAAACUGCUUUAGAUAAAGGUACUUUACUCAGAUGGACAAAGAGUUUCGAUAUCCCCGAUACUGUUGGUAGAGAUGUUGUUCAGUUAUUACAGGCAAACUUGACCGUUUUAGAAGCUAACGUUAAGGUUGUUGCGUUGGCUAAUGACACUGUUGGUACUUUGUUAUCUAGAGCCUAUGCUAAUAAUCCAGAAUAUACUCAUGCAAACACCGUCAUUGGGUUGAUCUUGGGUACAGGUACUAAUGGUGCUUAUUAUGCAACAAUUGACGAUAUUCCUAAAUUGAAAGGUGUCCCCGAAGGUACUAAAGGCAUGGUAAUCAACACUGAAUGGGGUUCAUUCGAUAACACAUUAGAAAUCUUGCCCGACACCAUAUUUGAUCAAAUUGUAGAUUCUGAAACUACAAACAAAGGCUACCACAUGUUUGAAAAGAGAGUUAGUGGAUUGUUUCUUGGGGAGAUUUUAAGAGUUGCUUUGUUAGAUAUGUUUGAAAAGGGAUUGAUUUUCCAAGACUUGUACAAGGCAAGAGGCGGAAGUUUGCCACAUAGAUUAGUUGAGCCAUGGUUACUAGACUCUGAAGUGUUAUCAUACAUUCAAAUUGACGAUUCUACAAAUUUGAAAAUGUCAGAAUUGAUUUUGCAAAACACCUUGAGAUUACCAACUAAUGAAGAUGAAAGAAUAGUUAUCCAAAGAUUAACGAGAGCCAUUUCUAAAAGAGCUUCUCAAUUAGCUGCUAUUCCAAUCGCUUCAAUAGUCAGAGUUGUAAAAGAACAAUGGAAGGGUGAUAACAGAGACUUGGAGAUUGGUUGUGAUGGUUCAGUUAUUGAAUUUUACCCAGGCUUUAGAGAUGCUAUUAUGAAAUCAUUCAAUGUGAUUGAUCCAUUAAAGGGAUCCAACAAAAAGGUUCAUUUAAAGAUUGCAAAAGAUGGAUCCGGUGUUGGUGCCGCUUUAGUUGCUGCUACGACUGAAUAA